GAUAUCGCAUGCUUCUUCAAUGGGGAGGAGAAAGAUUUUGUAACCAAAGUGUUGGAUGGUUGUGAGUUUUUCCCAGAUAUUGGAAUCGAUGUUCUCGUUAAGAAAUCCCUAGUGGCAGUUGAUAGAGACAACAGAUUGUGGAUGCAUGACUUGCUACAAGAAAUGGGAAGAAAAAAUUGUUUGGGAGAAAUCUAUUGAUGAACCUGGAAAGCGUUGCAGAUUGUGGGAUGAAAGGGACAUCCAACAUGUUCUAACAAAAAACACUGCCACGGAGGUGAUUGAAGCCAUGAUCAUCGACAAUCAAAGGGAAUCGAACAAGACACUCAAUUUGAGUGUCGAUGCCUUCUCGAAGAUGAAAAGAUUGAGAUUGCUCAAAGUUCUUUGCCUCUCAAAUUGUGAUGGUCUCAAAUAUCUUUCUAAUGAACUACGGCUUUUAGAUUGGGAAGGAUGUCCUUUAAGAUCUCUGCCCUCCGGCUUUCAACCGGACAACCUUGUUGGACUUCUCUUACAAUACAGUUGCAUUGAACAACUAUGGAAGGGAACCAGACCCUUGUACAAGCUGAAAGUGUUAAACCUCAGAGGCUCCCCGAACCUGAUCAAGACUCCAGACUUCACAAUGGCCCCAGGUCUUGAAGUUCUGAUCCUGGAAGGUUGUACAAAAAUAGUUGAUGUUCAUCCAUCCGUAGCAGAGCUUAAGAGGCUUCAAAAUUUGAAUUUGAGAGGCUGCAAAAGUCUUAGGAAUCUUCCAACCAAAAUUGGAAUGGAAUCUCUUCAAACAUUCAUUCUUUCGGGUUGCUCAAAUCUUCUAUGGUUUCCAGAGAUUGAUUGCAAAAUGGAUUGUCUAAAAACUCUUGAUCUUUCCGGAUGUUAUAGAGUUGGAUUUUUGCCAGAGAGUUUGCAGCUAGCAGAGUUUUUGGAAGAGCUUGACUUGAGUGAAACGGCUAUAACAAAACCACCUUCCUGCAUUUUUCGACUUAAAAAUCUUAAAGUUUUGUCUUUCAACGGCCGCAAGGGAUCUUCAUCUAAGUUUCGAAAAAAUAUGCCUUCUCUCUUCAAAAAAUUCCAAAGAGGAAAGACAAAUUCAAUGGCUCUGAUGUUGCCUUCGUUGUUGGGUUUGAGUUCAUUGACAGAGCUGAAACUAAGGGACUGCAAUCUUUGUGAAGGAGAUAUUCCUAUUGAUAUUUCUUGUCUAUCCUCUUUGGUAAUGCUCGAUCUCAGCAGUAACAAUUUCAUCAGCCUACCUGAUUCUCUUACUCGACUUUCCAAGCUUAAAUAUCUUAAAUUGAUGAAUUGCUGGGGGCUGAAAUCGUUGCCAGAGCUUCCAACAAGUACAGUAGUUGUGAGCAUAGAUGAUUGUGCUUCUCUGGAACUAAUUGCUAAUCCAUCAAAAGUAUGCAAUUCAAGUGAUUUUGUGGGUGUUAUAGGUACCAACUGCUACAGAUUGGCUGAGAACUUCAAUGCAUUAACAUUGCUGAAAAAACAUCUCAAGGUAUUUGCAAAUUCUUUUAGGAGGUUCGAAGUUAUUAUACCUGGAAGCGAAAUCCCGGAAUGGUUCAGCCAUCAAAGAGUCGACUCUUCAAUCAAGAUGCCACUGCCUCUCAAUAUUCGGAAUGAUAGUCAAUGGAUUGGAGUUGCUGUCUGCUGCAUUUUUGCCGGUGGUGAUUCUUCGGGGGUUGAGCGAAUCAUCUAUAAUGCUGUUAUCCAUUGUGGAGAACCUCGACGUGUUGAUGACGUUAACAUUCCUUUAGGGAAAGGAUAUAAUCAACCCAUAAAAAAUGACCACCUUUUACUUGGUUACUUGGGGCGUGACGUGUUAUAUCCAUAUUCCUUGGAGAAUGAAUGUGGUGACAGUGAAACCGAGAAUACAUCAACACCGGAUUGCUCAAAUCAGGAAUGCGAUGAACUUGAAUUGUCAUUCUAUUAUGUUGCUAGCAAAGGUGUUGGGGUGAAGAAAUGUGGGGUUGGGAUAGUGUAUGAGAAAGAUUUUGAAGAUGUCCAACUUACAACGGAUGGAGCAACUUACACUAUCGAUGCGGAGCAAGGAAUGGCUCUUGUUUCCGGCCGAGCAAACUCGAAAUCGAUCUUGAAGAAGUUAACGAGAUCAGGUAUAGAGGUCGGCUGGACCAAGACCGGGAAGCCGAGCACUUACAGCAGCCAUGGUCAUGGUCCAUAUCUUCAGUCCCCUUACCAAUAUCAACAGCGUCCUGGUCACCAUUACAACAGCAACUAUUGUGAACACUAUGGUUCCAAUCCACCACAUUUCGAACCUUAUAGCUACUAUUCCACUCACCACUAUUAG